AUGGAUCUUUUGACUAUUGACACGUCAAUCCUCGGUCUCCUCAAGGCCACAGCGCUGGUGGCCCGUUAUUUGGCUCCCUACGUCUCAGCCGCAAGGGACACGCCAAAGAUUGUGUCCCAAGUCCACUCCGAGGUGGUAUACACCCGCACUAUCCUCAUUGCGAUAGAAAGCCUCACCAAUGAUCUUGCCUCUAUCCCCGCGAGGCGUGCGGCGCUCAUCACAAUUGACCAGCUCAUCGCCGUUUUCACAGAUGGAGUGCUUCUGCUGUCCGAGCUGGAAGCAACUCUGCCCUCGCUCCCUUCUGCCGAGACGACCAGUCCGCGCCUGCCGCUGCAGUCGCGCCUGCAAUGGGCGAGGAAGGAGAGUGUCUUUGUGGCGUUCUUCACAAGAUUGCAGGGGUUCAAAGCCUCCAUCUCUUUGAUGUUAAAUAUUCUCCAGAGGCAAGUAUUCUUCAUCGAGGGUCAAUCCCAUUUUGAUAACCCGGCUAACUUCAAUAGUGAUUCCGAUCUCCGUGCGGCAGAGCACCAGCAGGAACUGUCUCAGAAUGUUGCUGCUCUCUUGGAGAGUAACCAUUGUUUGACUCGGCGAUUGAUGAAUUUGGAGGACGCCUUUGAAGUUCGCAGUCUUAUCUCUAAGCGACAGAGCCGUUCUUUCAAUACCUACCACGGCAUCAGUGAAGGUAACUCCAUCGGGGAGGAACCUAAUAUCAAGAGCACAGAUAGCACAAUUGCCAGAACCAACAACACCUCGCAGCUCUCGACACCCCCAGACCGCAAGGAGGUGUCCGACUUCGACUUCGAGAACGAUCUUGGGGCCUCCAGGGUUUAUCGGAGGGCACAGCGAGAUACCAUGGACUUCUCCUUCCGGAGUUCUAUCGCACACACAAACGCCUGGUCCAUCUUCUCGGGCCUCAGUCUUAGUGAUAUUUCAAUUAUCUCCGCAAUCGCACUGCCCCUAUACCCUGAAGAAAUCGAAAAUGCACAGCACUACGGACUAGCGGGACCACAGAUAGUAUUAGACACCACUCCAACCUCACACUCUCCUCGCGUGAGAUCAUUGUACCAAGGAUGUGUUGAGGUAGAGUUGCGGCUGACUAAAAUCCCUGGAUUUCCUGAAAUUUUUGCAAAAGUCCCAGGGCUUGGUAAUCUCGAUUAUCUCACCGAGCUUUGGUACAUUGAUUCACAGAAAUUGCCAAAAGUGGCAACGUAUAAGUUUAUCGAGGCAUGCAUUCACGAUCUUGGCUUUCAGCCCGAUGAGUGCUUCUCAAUAGGUGACUUGAUGGGGAGCAAUUCAACAGGAUUUGUCAAUGUUGUCAGAGUUGUUACACGACUGCUCGACAUUCUCACGAAUAGUGGGGAAAUAGAGCCUGUCGAUCUCGCGACCAUUCAUCCGGAAAGAGAGGGAUUACUAACCAAUCCUCUUACUCCUAGAGACGCAAUACUUGAGGGAUUCCUAGUUGAUGACCGAUCCUACCUUUCCAGCCUGGAAGGCCUUCUCGAGCUCAAGACGAAAAUUGAGUCGGAGGAUGCUUUACGUAACGAUAUCCUGCAUCCAAUUCUUGCCUCGUUGGAUCCAAUAGUUGACGGGCAGAGGCGAUUCCUCCUUAGAAUGGAGAUGACAGCGCGCAAACCUUCGGACCAGCAGAUGUGGGCUGUUCAUUUUGACGACUGGUCCCGCAUGUCGCCCUUAUACGCCAACUUCAUCACCGGCGAGAAGGAGGCAAGGGAACACAUCAGGGCCGUUUUAUCAGAGCGGCAGGGGAUGGAAGAUAACUACUUACACUCCAUUCUUAGAGAUUCCCUUCGCUUGCUCUUCCUUCCCUCCCAACGCCUGCCAAAAUACUCCGGAUUUCUUCAGGAGCUUCACCGACAGGGAGGGCUUUCUCGCUCCCAGAUGUUUGAUGUAUCAGCUGGUAUCGAAGCUCUCCAAAAUGCUUUACGAGACAUUAAUGCGGCUAUGAAAUGUCAAGAGCUUCGAGAAGCACAAGCAUAUUUGGUAGCGCGAGUCAAAGAUUGGAAGGGUUACAACGUUAAGGAAUUUGGCGACCUCUUGCAGUUCGGUUUCGUGAGUGUCGUGACCGGUACAUACGGCACUGCAGAAACAGUAUGUGCAAAGCCCAGCAAAUAG